AAACUGUGCUCUCUGUCGAGUUCUGCAAGGUCACCACGUGAGUAAGGAUUGGCGCUCGCCUUGUAAAAAAAACAGCGCUCAAGCGUGAAGAUGGUUUUCGUUGCGUUGUCUUCCCCUCUCUUCGUGGGACGGCAGUUGACCCUGGCCGCCUCGCCUUUAUACUCUGGGCUGCGGUUCUCGGUGCGGGGCCUGAAGGGUCAGAGUGUAACAUCCGGGCUCCACAGCCUGAAAAAAUCUUGUUCUCUGGAAGCGAAAAUCGCCCAGAUGGUCAUAAAAGCAGAGCAGGAUUCGUACUCGGAUCGAAGGUUCAUUGUCUGCCCCCAAUUAGCGCACAAAGUGGCCUCCCAGGUGACGAGGGGGAUAAAUUUUGUGGAGUCCAGAACCUUUCUCAUGGAAUUCGAGGCAGGUCCUGGAGUGUUGACUCGAAAGCUGCUUAAUACUGGAGCCCAUGUUAUAGUUCUAGAGAAUAAUAAAUCCUUUCUUCCUAACUUAGAGUCUCUAAAGCAAGAAUUUGAAAGCCAAUUGGACGUAGUGCAUUCCAACUUCAUAAAAUUGGAUGGUAAUCCAUAUGCACUGUUGAGGGGUGAAUUAUGUUCUGAAACACUUUUUAACAACCUGAGAAUCUCCGAAGUUCCUUGGACAUCAGAUAUUCCUCUAAAAGUGGUUGGAAUUGUCCCCCGAAAAGAAGAACGGACCUUUCUUUGGAAAUAUACUUAUUUUUUAUAUGAAUGCAGCUCUAUAUAUAAUUAUGGAAGAAUAGAAUUGAACUUGUUUGUCAGUGAAAGAUUGUACAAGGUGUUUGUUGCAAAACCUCCAGAUAAAAAAUAUUACCAGACACUAAGCGUACUUUGGCAAACAGCUUGUGAUAUUCAUCUUCUGCAUAAGGAGCCUUGCUCUUCAUUUUUAACUACUUCAAGGAAAAAGUCCUUGGGAUCAAAUAGUGGGAAUGAACACUUAUAUUUAGUACAACUAACACCACGCAAAGAUUUAUUUACAGACUUCUUGACAACUGCUAAUUCAAAAAUAUUUAUUAUGAUGUUAAAGCAGUGUUUUGGUAAAGCCUCAACUAAGCUACUCAACAAAUUGAAUUUAUGGACUUAUGAGAAUGCAAAGAAUUUGCUGACAGAGUUGGAGAUUCCAGAAGAUGUUACAGCUGGUGGUUUAUACCCAGAAGCAUACAAAUCUCUCUUUGAACGUAUGGAACAGUCUAAUCGAAUUGAUCGGAGUUUGUUCUGUGACAUUGAUUUAUUGGCAGAUGAUAGCGCAAUUCUUUAAAAUGAAGACUAUUUUAUAAUGUUUUUUCUAAAUUGAAAUAUUUAGAACCACACACCUUGAAAUCUUACAAAGAAGUUAAUCCCUACGUGUAUGAAUAUGACAGUUCCAGAAAAUUUAAAUUAUGCAAACAAGGAAGAUACAAUGGAUCCUAAAUGAUCAACUCUGAAGUUGCUGUAUCUUGGAAACUGCAAAGAUUAGAAAACAAUUACUAUGUACCCCACCAAUUCUGUAUAAAACAGAUAUUUUCUAAAUCAGUAUUUUAUCAGGAUAACUGAAUGAAAAAAAUGGAAGAAAGAGUGAAGGGGGCAUUUUUGGUUUAAUUUUAAAUACAACUCAUUUAAUCUGUCUUCUGCCUUUACUAUAACCCACUUUGGGAGGGGACAAACAUAACAUACUAUAUAAAAUAAGCAAGUCUCAUUUAAAAUGAGACUUGUUUCUUACUCGUUUAUAGCAGGUUGCUUCAGAUGUAACAUUUAAAAAUGGUUAUAUAAUAAAAUACUGGGAAUUUUAAGAAAUUAUCCAUUGGGCAAAGGACAAGGUGAGAUGGAAAACGUAUGUGAAGAUAAAAACUGUAGUUCCAGUGUAAGAAACAUUUGAUAUUCCAUCAGAAAUUAAUUUAUGUUUUCAAAAUAACUGGUCUUUUAAUUUGUAAGUU